GGUUGGCUGAAUACGCCCUAAUGUCUUCCACAUGUUGGUGUUGUAAGCAAAAUGUUAGUCAUGCGUUGGUAUUAUGGUGGGACGUUAGUUCUCUUACGUACAGAGUUGAUAGUUGACGCGUAAUAGAUGGUUAGGGUUACUGCACUAAAGUUCGUGUAGGAGGAAAGUGUUGGACGAGGUUUAACACAAUUAUACAAAUGCUGGGAAUAGCUAGGAAAUGCGUUGUGGUUGGGCAAACCUUUUGGCAAGAUCUCCGAAGUUUUUCCAGGACAAUUUACGCUCCUGGUAGCUAUCAGUUCACGAGUAUAAAUAAUGACGGCAAGAGUGUACAUUGUAUCAGCGAUAGCUCUGCUCGUUUUCACAAAACACACGAACUCAGAAGCAUUCCCCGGCCAUUGUCAACACUCAGUUCACCAAAUAUUCCAUUAGCAAUUAGUGGAACAGUAGCAACAAAAGAUGAAAGCAGAGAUUUUAUGGCCGUUUUCCCAGACAUAGUGAGAGAUCUGACAGAAACUGGAAGGCAUUUGGAUAUUCCAGAUGCAACAAAAUGGUUUGCAAAAGUUUUACAGUAUAAUGUUCCUGGAGGGAAAAAGAAUCGAGGCUUGGCAUUGGUUUAUGCUUAUCGGGUGCUGGUUGCAAAAGAUGAACUCACUCCAGAAAACAUUCGCUUGUCUCAGAUAAUGGGCUGGUGUGUAGAAAUGCUGCAAGCACACUUUCUGGUACUGGAUGACAUAAUGGACAACUCUGUAACUAGGAGGGGUCGGCCAUGUUGGUAUCUAUACAAAAACCUUGGAACUGCUGCAGUGAAUGAUGGAAUCCUCCUUGAACAUGGCGUGUACCAGUUGCUGAGACGAUAUUUACGUGAUAAACCGUAUUAUAUCAAUGUCCUUGAGUUAUUUCAUGAUGUGGCCUUAAAAACUACAAUGGGCCAAACCCUGGACCUCCUGUCAACACAGUUUGGUUCAAAGCCAGUUUUGGAAAAGUUCACAAUGGACCGGUACAGUUCCAUUGUGAAAUACAAAACAGCAUAUUACUCAUUUCAUUUGCCUGUUGCCCUUGCGAUGUAUAUGGCAGGUUUUAUGGAUGAAGAAAGGCAUCGCCAAGCAAAGACCAUUCUUUUGGAAAUGGGCCACUUUUUCCAAGUCCAGGAUGAUUACUUGGACUGUUUCGGAGACCCGGAAGUCACUGGUAAGAUUGGCACUGAUAUUCAAGAUGGAAAGUGUACUUGGUUGGCAGUAGUUGCAUUACAGCGGGCUACUCCUGAGCAGAAAGCUUUAUUUGCGGAUUGCUAUGGGUCAAAGAAUCCAGAGAAGGUUGCAGCAGUGAAGGAAUUGUAUGUACAGUUGGGCUUACCAUCUACAUAUGCUACAUAUGAGGAAGAGAGCUAUAACAUCAUUAGUACACACAUUCAGCAAGUAUCACGUGGAAUGCCCCAUAAGUUAUUUUUCAAAUUCAUGGAAAAGAUAUAUAAACGAGAAUGCUGAGGGGCGUGCCCAUUACGUCAGAUGCAGAAUGAGCAUGUACGUAUAAAUAAGGCUGUUGAACACAACAUUUCAAGUUACACAGAUGUAUUAUCAAAUAAAUUGAUCCAGUACAUUUUUCAACCUUAUAUGGCCAUUUUCAGGUGGUUAAAUAUGUUCUGUUUAGCUUAUUGCUGAUUAUUACAAUAUGACUAUUCUAACAUAUCAGUUAAGGAUGUAGACGUACAGAACAAAGUUAGUUGCAGUGUAUAGUGCACAUAUAUGAAUGAUAACAAAGAUCUGAGAUGCAGUUUAUCUUGUUGAAAUUAACAUUGAUUGAAAUAAAUUAAGAUUAAACAUAAAUUUUACUAAUGUACUGAGGUGUAUGUAAAUACUUUGAUAAACAUUCACUACAGUAUUAAGUAUUUAAGAUUGAUAAAUGUGAUCAGAGAUGGUGUCAUUACACAGUUAAAAUAAAUUUUUGUCAUCUAUUUGGCAACUGUCUGCUUUCUCCUACCAUGGUUAAAUACAAUAUACCGGUCUCCAAAAAAGGUGUAUAUGCAUUUUAAUAUGGAAUAUUAACCUUGUGUGUGUAUUUUAUCACCUGAAGAUGGUGGAAUAAGAGAUUGGAACAUGUUAUAGGUCAUUAAAUUUGAAAAUAUAACUGGGUAUUCAAAUUGUGUUUGGUGCCCUUAUUUGCAUGUGUGUGUGUUUGAACACAGAGGAUGCUGAUCAGAAAGGUGAUAUACUAGAGUAGAGGUGUAAACAGAUACUGAAAGGAAAGUCAUGUCAUCAGUAUAUACUAAAUUUCUCUUGGUUAAUCACCUACAUCAUAGCUGAGUUAAACACUUGUGGUUCACUGACCUGAUGAUGCAGACAGAGCAGGUCUAUGAAAUGUUAGUUUUUAACUCAUCUUUGGAAUUGGCUGAUCACCUUAAGAGGAUUUUAGUGCAUUUAUUUUAUGUGAAAGUUUGAGAUGUUACAAAUUAGCUGAAACCAUCAAAAUGCAGCCUUAAAACCUGUGGUUAGUGUUUAUUGCCUUCACCAAUCAUGUUUUAGUAUAUGUAUAAUCAGUCAUCAGGGGCUCGUAAACACCCACACUACACUACAGCCAAUCCACUGGUCAGGGAUCUGCUCAUUCAGGUAUGCCACCAUGUAACUGCUGAAAUGUUGGGUGCACCAUUAUGCUGGAAGUACAAUUAUAAUCCUGUUUUUUGUAUGUUCAGAUAAUUUUUAAAUUCUAUCCACAGCUCUUAACUAUUUAGAAGCAGACCCAUAUUCAUGUGACAUUUCUGACUAGGAAUGACUUCAGGGAAAAACCAGACACCUGCAUGUCAUAAAUUUGACUUCCAUAAACCUCCCCCCUUUUUUGUGGCUGGUUUUCCUCUUAACUGUAUUUCUCCUUAUAUUUUGAGUGCUCCAUAUUACCUCUUGUUGCCUCCAAUAUGCUCUGUGCCAGUAUACUCUGUGACAUUUUAUAGUCCAGACAUGUCAGACUGCAUAUCCUCCAUUUUGAAAGCCUGCUUGCAAGAUUUUUUGUUAUACUACAGUUGGUAAUUUAAACAUACUAGGCUAGAUAACAGGUCAAGGUAUAAGGUACAUAUAUGAUGGUAGUAGUGCACAUAUGAACACUUAGUCUCUAGGGUGAGAGCUUCUGGCAGGAUGAGGAGAAACAGACAUUACUGAGGCAGAAGAAGACAUAAACCAUAUAUUAUAACAGUAACAGGAGUUGGUGUAUACACACACACAUACAUAUAUAUAUAUAAAGAAGGAUUCAACAUCAUUAGAUUGGCAUUGAACUUUCAGUAGUGUUCUGUGGGUGCUUAUGAGCCCCUGAUGAUUGUUUGUACACACUGAAACAUGAUUGGUGAAGGCAAUAAACACUACUUACAGCCAUUAUGGUUGUAUUUUGACUGUUUUAGGUUAUGUAAAAUACUAAGUAUAUACAGUUGUAUGAAAUGAUCAAGUUUAAUCUUAAGGCACUUCAGAUACUGUUAAAGUCUUCAAUAUUGUGACAUAAUUAGUGAUUACAUAUUGGGUUCUUUGUUUAAAGACAAGAUCAGUUUAUUUCACAGCAUUACAGUUGAUUAUUUUCAGUAUUAAUUUCGCUCGCUUACAAAUCUGUCCUGAUUAUCCAAAUAUAAAUUUUCUCCUAUAUAUAUCAUAAUAAUCACUGUACUGAGCUGUGUCACUCAGCUGGACGUGCUAAUCAGUUACUGUCUUGCUUGUAAUUGCUUGCUGCUCCAUCUUCAUCCAACUCUGUGCACCAAAUGAUUAUGUCUCUCCACUCCAGCUACCUUUCAAAGGGGCACAGUAAGUUUGAAAACAAGUGCAUCACAGUAGCUCUGAAGUUACCAGUCCCUCAAUGCUGAUUGACAUUGACAACACGCUGGCCGCAGGGGGUGUGAACUAGUAUAUGUAUUCCAUUCCUAGCCAUUAACUUAACUUCCCUCUUAACUGGGUAAUAAAUUUUACUAGCAGGGAGGUCAUACAUUUAAAUCUUUCUGAAGUACAGUGUGUGUGCAUGAGUAAUGGUUUUAAUGGUUUCGGUAAUUUACAAAAUUGAAAGCUAACUAACAUACCUAUCAUAAAUUGAAUUCUGUGUGGAAACAGAGGACCACAUCAUACAGCACUUGUGUUCAUUGCCCUGUUACUUCCCUUUUGAACACACAAAGUACUGCCAGCAUUAUUUUCCUUCUCUUAUUUUUAGGUCAAGAUAGUGGCAUCUGAGGAGUCUAGAGGGCUUUGUUUUCUUUGAAGGUUACCCUCAGUAAACACAUGGCCAUUGUAGCUGACUGCUAAACUUUCUCCAGAAGUCACUAAAUUGUUCAGCCUAGCUCACGUUCAAUCAUUUUUCUGUACACGGUGAAUAUAUUUAAGGGAGGCCAAGUCAAGCAUAUAACAGAAAUUCUAUUGAUAUUUUUUCAAGAAAUCCAUUAACAUUUUAUGCGUAUGGAGUUGGCCAUCUUUUUAGUAAAUGCUGUGAAUGGAGCUCAUAAUGGUUUCCUCCACAUUUCAAGAGCAUGUUUUGUUUCUGAAGGCCAUCUCACAUUUCUCUCUUAGAAUUUGAUUUAAUUAUAUUAUUUGGAAUCCAUUUUUGAGUCUCUCAUUCUUACAGUGCAGUUUGCUAAUUCUGUACUUGUGUUACUAGUCAUCUGAAUAUAAUCUGUACUACCCCUUGUGCAGUAGUUGAUUCAUGAGUGCAGCACAAUUCUUGUUCUAUACCGGCUAAGUAACAUGUUAAUCACUUAUAUCAGUUCAUUUUCCAGUAUGGCUAGAGUAUGGGUUUGUUUGAUCAGUAAUGCUUUGCAGUAUAUCCACACCAAAAAGAAGAACAGUUUUGUUAACAUUCACAUUUACUUGUACAUCACUUUUUGGAAAAGAAGGAAAUCCUGUAUACUCUUUACCUCUUGCAGUCUGUUCAUCAACUGUAACCUCUUCUUAGUUGGCAGAUACACUGUCAUUCUGGUCUGUUUCUGUCCCUGCCUGGCAUAAUUUUCAGUAUUUUCUUCUGAAGGGAGACCAGGCUACUGUUUAGUCACUUUUUUCAGGUUCCCUGAAGUGUUUGCAAAAAUACCAUUACUCAAGUCUCAUCACCAGAAAUAAAAUGGAAAGAUUAUUACUGCGACUUCAGUAGCAUUAUGUUGUCAGCAUAAUGUAUGAUAUUAAUGGACUAUAAUGCUUAAAAAGUAAUUUCUUUUAUUAUAAUCUUCAGUUUCCUACUGUACCUCGAGCUUUACAUAUUUAAUAUGUCUGCUGUCAUUCUUUCUUUUGACAGUUUUUCGCUGUGAAAUAAAUGUCUGAUCAUACUUUCCUUCUUUGUUUCAGAAGUCCUUACUUCGUACAUGUUUUUUUUUAUUUUCUCACCAGUUUAAUGUUAUGUUUGUACUAUCCAUUUACCUCCAGCAGUUAACAUUGUGUGAAAUGGUCAUAAUUGUCCAUUAAGAGUGCUAUUAUGAAUCACUUUUAUACCUAUAUUACUAAUACAAUAAUAUUAAUUUUUUACAUUGAAGUACAAUUAUAUGUUCACAAAGUAAGAUAUGAAUUUAUGAUGUACAGCUCAUGGUGUUCAUUAACUAAAAUCAAAAUGCAUGCACAGAAAGUAGCAGAAGCAAGAAUACACUAAAUCUUACUACAUAAUUUCCAGCCAUGCUGAAAUGGUGGCACAUAUUUCUAACUUGAUUGGGCUGUCAUAAACAGGUAUCAUUGUAAUUUAAACCAGUGAUUAGUACAGAGUAGGAAGCACUGACAAUCUGGUAAGGAAUUCAUUUAUUAACAUCAAUGAAUAUAAUGGGAAGUGCUUUGUAGACGGGCAGAAGAAACCUUUAACAGCAAUCUUAACUGUAUCUAAGAGGAUAUGGCCAUAAAGUAACGCAUAGUAGAGGUGUCUUAAUUCUGUUCUCAUUUGCUGGAUUUUUAAAUAUGGGUAAAAGACAACUUCUAUAUUCAUACGUUUAUUUUACAAAUAUACACAUGUAAUUACAUGUUUUCACAAACACAUCCGUCUUUCUGACUCAACAGAUAAAAGGUUUAUGAACCCACAGUCACUACAUUUCAUUAAAUGCUGAAUAUACUGAAAUUCAUAGAGCAUAAAGAAACAUGUAUUUCCUUCCUCUCUGUAGACUGCCAAAUAGAAGUGAUAACUUUGGUUUAUAAUGUCACUUUAAACUGCACAUAAAUGUUUUUAAUAAUGUACAAAGGAUGAAGACCAUUGUGAUAAAAAUGGUGCUAGUUAAGGUUA